AGAGAGAAAAUAAAUAAAGAAGAUGAAAGUGCAGCGUCUGUUCUUAGUGGCUAUUUUCUGCCUUUCUUAUACGCAGCUGGUCAAGGGGGAAACCUUGCCUAAUUGCCCCGAAAAAUGUGGCAACGUUACACUUGAGUACCCUUUUGGCUCUUCUCCAGGUUGUUGGCGUGCCGAAGAUCCUACUUUCAACCUCAGUUGUACGAACGAGAAGCUAUUCUAUAAGGGCGUUGAAGUGGUCGAAAUUUCUCACAGCAGCCAGUUACGCCUCUUAUUUCCUGCAUCCUACGUUUGCUACAACAGCAACGGACAUCUCGCUAAUGGCACUUACUACUAUAUGGAUCUGGGAAAUUUGACUAUCUCCGACAACAACACGGUUACUGCAUUAGGCUGUAACUCGUACGCUUUUGUGUCCUCUAAUGGAACUCGAAGACAAUCGGUUGGAUGCAUAUCAGCAUGUGAUGAUCUUUCCCAUGAAGCAAAUGGAGAAUGUAAUGGUGAAGGCUGCUGCCAGAACCCCGUCCCUGCAGGGAACAAUUGGUUCAUUGUCAGAUCAUAUCGCUUUGACAACGACACGUCCGUGCAACCUAUCUUUAAGAGUCAAUGCAUCUACGCCUUUCUCGUUGAAAAUGGCAAGUUUAAGUAUAAUGCUUCGGAAAUAUAUUCUUAUCUGCAGAAUAGGAAUGUGGGGUUUGGGUUUCCUGUGGUCUUAGAUUGGUCUAUUAAGGGAGAGACAUGCGGGCAACUUGGAGAAAAGAAGUGCGGUGUGAAUGGCAUAUGUUCCAAUUCUGCUAGUGGAAUUGGGUAUAAAUGCAAAUGCAAAGGCGGUUACCAUGGGAAUCCAUAUCUUCGAAACGGUUGUCAAGACAUCAAUGAGUGUACUACUAAUACUAUCCAUAAACAUAACUGCUCGCGUUCCAGCAUCUGUGAAAACACGUUGGGACACUUCCGUUGUAAUUGUCGAUCUGGUUAUGAAUUAAAUACCACCACUAAUGCCUGCCAACCUAAAGGCACGCCUGGAUACGUUGAAUGGACUCGAAUUGUUCUUGGUUUCUUCCCUCCUCCUCAUCCUAAACAUUAGGGAUAAUCAAACAUGAUUCAAAAACCUUUGUAUUUUGAGUGAUUAUUGUUUCGCCAGAUCAUCAAUCAUUGUGUUUAACUGUUUAUAACUCCCCUUAAUAAGUAUUUGACCUUCGGUCAGAUUUGGUAAUAAUUUUAGAGUCCUUGU